CCGACUCGUUGCCCACCACAUAGGCGAGCUUUGGCAGCUGAGCAGAAGAUUGAGCAAGACUGGUUCUACAACUUUGCAGGAACCUUGACAGAGACAUGUCAGCUUAGCAGGUGCCAGGAGAUGUCGACUGUCGAGGCAGAGUCUUGCUCAUGAAGAGAAGCGACGAGAUGGACGACGCAACGACCAAGACCACGCCAUCUACCCACACUGAUCAUGAGAGGCACAAAGCCUUUGAAAAGCCUAAGUCCGUAUCUCACUGUUGAAGCUCUCAAAACACGCUUGUCUUCAAGCUCAGUCAAGCGCACUGAAUCCCUGCAUGUAAAGCCUGCAAACCAACUACAAAUCUCGCUCCAGCAUCUGAAGCUGUUUCCUACACCUGAGCUAGAGGCAGGCAGCCUCAUUCCGCCUGUGUAUCACUUCUUGUACUUUUUACCGCGUCUCACUGAAGACCAGCUAUCGAGCGAUGGCGGUGAUCCAACAUUCAAUGCUGGCGGCAGCUUCACAAGACGCAUGUGGGCAGGUGGACGCUUCGAUUGGGAAGUCAACAAUCCUCUGCGUUUUGGACAAACUGUCACUGAGAUUACAAGUGUGUCUUCUUUACUGGACAACUUGGCUAACGCCAGGCCUUGACUCUGCUACGGCAAAAAUCACCAAGUCUGGGCAACCCAUGAUUGUGGUCACGGCCAAGAAGGAAUAUCACAAUGAAUCAGGCCUCGCUCUGACUGAACGACGGCAAUGGCUCUUUCGAGAAGCAUCAGAAUUGUCAAACUCUGCAUCGCCAGCCAAGCCGAGCAUCAAGGAGGCAGCGGCGGGAGUACCUAUUGGCGAGUUGACUGCUUCUGAAGUGCUCUUGUUUCGAUUCUCUGCAUUGACCUUCAACGCGCAUCGCAUACACUACGACAAGGAGCAUACGAUACACAAGGAGGGGCAUCCAGAGGUGGUGGUUCACGCGCCAUUGAAUGUACUGCUUCUGGCUAAUGCCUUCCGGCAUCAUUCGAAAACGUCGACUGAGCUGACGGGAAUGCACUAUCGAGCACAGAGCCCGGUCUACGCGAGACAACCCUACAGCGUACUGCUUGACGGUAAUACUAUUCGAGCUGUGCAUCAAGACUCACAGAAAGUGAUUAUGUCUGCUUCGAUGCAGCAAUCGGGCUAGACAACCUUUAUGUUCCAGUAUGAUCCUCGUUGGCAGCUGUCAUAGAUGGCGCAAUAGCAUAUAUUCUCUCUUGUAGCUACAGGCCAGCAGGUCUUCUCCAGAGUCCAGAUCCAG